UAAAUGUGUUUUGCUGAUUUAGAUGAAGGUCCGUGCUCAAGAAAUCUUCAGCUGCCACCUAGCCACAGGUGCUACAGAGCCGGUGAAUAUUGACAGUGUUGCAAGGAAAAGAGCAGCAGAGUGCCUAGAAAACCCUGUCCCGGACAUGUUUGACAUGUCACAGCAGCAGAUCUUCAGAUUAAUGAAGACUGAUAGUUAUGUUCGUUUCCUGAAGUCUGACAUGUACAAAGAAUGUGUGGUAGCUGAGAUGGAGGGACGGCACUUACCAUAUCAACCUGAAGACAGCGAUGAGGAUAAAAGAAAG